AACGUUCCCGGUAAACCACACCCAUUCGAAUUGUGAGUGUGGUAUACCUCAGAACUUCAUAACUUACCUGUCCGGCUCCCAGACUUGGUAUUCUGCAGCACACAGGUGAAACGGACCCUAUCACGCAUCGAAACUUGGCACCGAGAAGAUGGCCGGCGGACCGUCGUCUUUGAGCAGUUUGGAGGACGAACUGACCUGUUCCAUCUGCCUAAGCAUUUUCCACAACCCGGUGACCACGCCGUGCGGACACAACUUCUGCCUGAGCUGCCUAGAGCUAACCUGGAAGGACGACCUCGCGAUUGGCUACAGCUGCCCUCAAUGCAGGCACCAGUUCUACGCCAAACCCACCCUGCACAAAAACACCGUGCUGAGCAGUGUGGUCGCCACCGUCAGCAAGUCUCUGAAAGACAAGAGCCAGGACGAAACGAAGGGAGCGGAUUCGACUGUAAUAUUCUGCGACACCUGUAUGGUCAACAAAGCCUCGAAGACUUGUCUGACGUGCAUGGUCUCCUACUGCGACUCCCACCUAAGACCGCACCACGAGAACCCUGUCUUUCAGGGUCACCAGCUGACCGAACCCCUGCCUGACCUGCAGCAGCGCAUCUGCAAAGAGCAUCACAAAACGCUCGAGUUUUACUGCAAAGACCACAGCAAGUGCAUCUGUGGGGCUUGCCUGCACUCACACUUAACCUGCCGGUUUACUUCGCUUGAUGGCGAGAUAGCCGAGAAGGAAAAACAUUUUAAAGAAAAAUUGGUGACGUUGAGAAGCCAGAUUGAGAAAACAAAGAAUGUCAUUUUUGAGAUGAAGGGGCAGCAGUCGUCUCUGAGAGAUUCAGCGGCGAACAGAAAGGCUGCUUUUGAGGCGGAGUACCGCGUGAUGAAAGACCUCAUUGAAAAGGAAGAGAGGGAGGCAAUGAACCUAGUGGAUAAAGAAGAGCAAAGUGCCCAAGCCAAGAUCCAGAGCCUCAUGCAAAAAAUGACAAAAAACAUUGAGGAGAUGAGCAGCUGCAAAGACCAGAUUGAAAGCGUGCUGGCUCAGGGGCAGCGAAUCACACUUCUGCAGUGCACAGUAGAGUUUCCACAGUCGGUGACAUUUACUCCUAAUGCUCCCGGAGUCAAUAUGAAUUCAAAGCAAAUGAAAACGUACAAAUCGAGUGCCGUCUCUCUCAAGAAAUACCUCACAGACGUAUUGAGCCUGCCAGUGGAGGAGAGAGCCCAAAAGCUGAAUGCAGCAUCAAACAAAAAGGUGGAGAAGAAAAAAGAAAAAUCUGACAGCACAGGUGCCCUGUCCUUGGGUGAACCAUUAAUAACUUUCGGCACAGAUCAGACUUCUGUUGUAGCUGGGGACAACACCCCCACAAAGAAGCCGGGGGACGGGAACAAGAAGAGCAAUAAAUCUGUCAAACCACCAAAGCCCAAGGAUCCACCUAAAAAUACCAGUUGUGCGUCAAAGAUCGUCAAACCAAUCAAUCCUACAGAAGUGACUAAUAGACAUGAUCUUCUGCAAAAUGCUGCCGUCCUUAAGCUGGAUGCCAGAACCGCACACAAAAGAAUCGUCAUCUCAGACAAUUUCACCAAAGCGUCAGUCUCCGACGAGCUGAUGUCGUACCCAGACAACCCAGUGAGAUUCACCGUCUGCUCCCAGGUUCUGUGCUCCAAAGGAUUCUCCAAGGGGUGCCACUACUGGGAGGUGAAGUUGACCAGCAGCAACUUCUGCGCCAUCGGCGUGGCCUCUGGCAGCAUCGAGCGCAAGGGGCCGACCAGCAAGCUGGGGAGGAACAAGGAGUCGUGGUGCAUCGAGUGGUUCAACGUGAAGCUGUCCGCCUGGCACGACCAGCGUGAGACAGUCCUGGAGAACCCCAGCUCCAGCAGAGUCGGGGUGCUCCUGGAUUGCGACGGGGGCUCCCUCACCUUCUACAGCAUCUCAGACAGAGUGUACCCCAUUCACACCUACUCAUGCCGCUUUCCAGAAGCCGUCUAUCCGGCUUUCUGGCUCUUCUCCAGCGGCACCACAGUGUCUCUGUGCAAGCUGACUGCCUAACACAUACAGCCAGGGCGCUGCAUGUGCAUGCAGCUCAGCAUCUUAAACAGCUAAAUCCAGCAAGUACCAAAUGCAUUUCUCUUUGAAGAAAAUAAGUAAUACAAAAAUAAUAAAUAAAUAAAUAAAUAAAUAAAUAAAUAAAUAAAUCAGAAAACAAGCUGUAUUUCAUUUUGAAUGAAGUGUGAAUUUGGAGUGGGUCUGGUGAUUCUGUUUUAAUCAGUGUAGGUAGUGCAGAGUUUUCUUGGUUUGUCUUUGUAAGUUUGGAAAGGCUUGAUUGUAGAGACUCCCUCGAAGUUCACUGCGCAAUGUGUCAGACGUUCAUUAGUUUAUUUAGGCAGAAGCCACAGCAUGUGCGUGGGAUCUUUUGUUUAUAAAAGUGGAGUUUGGCUUCCGAUGGGAUAUGAGGGGUAGCUUCAGGGCGGUAGACAGUUUAAGAGAGUGGCAGGCCUGCUUGAGGGUAAGGGAUGCAAAUACAGUUCCUUACAAAGUGAUAGCAAAUGGGCAUAUAGCAAUACACAGUAUAUAUUUGCUUCAUUUUCUUUUUGCAUUCGAUUAUCAGUGAAAGCAUGCAUGGUGUAAAGGGUUCAAAUAAAUAAGAUAUGUGAUUCAGUGUUUAAUUGGCUCAAUAAAAAUCUGUUAAAGGCAUUA